AUGAUAAAGGGAUGUUAUAAUAUUAAAAAAUAUACAGAAGAAUUUAUCUUAAAAGUGUCUUGGUGGAUCAAACUACUAAUAGCACCGGUAGUUGCACUAGUUAUUGUAAGUAAUUACCUUGAAAUUGAGUGUUCAAAAUUGGCCACGUCAAUUAGUACUGACUUAUUGCAGAUCAAAAGUAAAAUAAUCCAAUUUGGUAUUUAUUUGUUUGCUUUAGAAACCAUGAAAUACUUAACAAAUAUUUUUAUCACUUUCUUUGUUUCUAGUUCUAUUAAAAGAGCAUAUUUUGUUUUUAUGAAAGAGUAUUUAAGUAUAAAAUAUGAAGAUUUUACAAAAUUAUCUUCUGGGGACAUCCAGUACGAUAUACAGCGAAGAUCGAUAGCAAUAAGUGAUUUUUUAACUGUUUUAACUAUUAGUUUUAUUUCUAAUGCUAUUUUCUUUAUUGUUGUUUGUCAGAAAUUGAUAGUUAGUUUAAGUUUAGAGGCUGCCUUAAAAUCAAUUAUACUCGUAACAAUUUUUUUGAUAGUAGUUGUUUAUUCUCAAAGAAUGAAAUCAACUCUCAGAGUGAAAGUAAAUCAGGGAUUUAUUAGAAAUAGUAGAAAAGUAUGUGAUGUACUUUUGAAUUAUGAAAGAAUUGUUGCAUAUGAUAAUAUUGAUAUUGAGUGCAAGAAGUAUGAAGAUGUGUCUAAGAGUCAGGAGUAUCAUGCCAAACUAUUCUGGUCAUCUUAUGAAUUUAUUUUUUUUAUAAAUAGAAUCCUUUUUGCUUUACUUGCUGCCUUUAUUAUUUACGAAUUUAAGAAAAUGAAUUUAACAACAAAUGAUCUUACAAUAUUUGAAAUUAUAGGAAUUAUAAAUGCAUUGGAUCCUAAAAUAAACGCAUUAUCAUACAGUAUUGAUCAACUAUGCUUACAUUUUACUAAUUUUAAUCAAAGUACAAUUGAAGGAUAUGAAUCAGAUGAUGAGAAGUCAAAAUUAAAAAUUUAUGGAUUUGAUCAUUCUCUGGGUAUGAAGAAUCUUAGUUUGAAAUUAAAUAAUCAAGAAAUCCUUAAAAGAGUUAAUCUUGAAAUUAUCAAAGGUCAGAAAGUUGCUAUAGUUGGACCAAGUGGUGCAGGUAAAUCAACUAUUUUAAAGCUUGUUAUGGGAUUUUAUGAUAAUUACACAGGUGAUUGUAAAAUUGACAGUCACCAAUAUUCAUAUAUUAAUAAGAGAAGAUUAAGAGAUGUGAUAUCUUACAUCCCACAAAAUCUCUAUCUAAAGGGAACAGAUUUGUACAGCAAUCUCACAAUGGGUGACACUACUAAGACACCUGAAAAAAUCAUUGAGAUAUGUAAAACAUUUAACUAUCAUGAUACGUUUAAAGAGAUUGGUUAUAUGAAAAAUGUUGGUGUUCAGGGAAAAAAUUUAAGUGGUGGCCAAAAACAGAAAGUUAAUUUUAUGAGGGCUUUAAUUAAAAAUGGAAUUAUUUUUAUAUUUGAUGAACCAACAUCUAAUAUGGAUAAGCUUUCUGAACAGAAUGUUUUUAAUCAUCUUUUUAGCAAAAUGUUUAAUAACAAAACUUUAAUAAUGACAGUUACAAAUUUAAGUUUAUUAGAAAGAUUUGAUAAAAUUUUAUUUUUAGAAAACGGUGAAUUGAAAGGUAAAGGUAAGUUAGGUGAACUUUUAGCUAAUAAUAAUGGAUUUGCAGACUUUUAUGAAGAAGGAAUUAAAAAUUUUAAAAAUUAA